CACAAAGAGAUUCUGCCUUGUGUAUGCACAAACUCUCCAUAUUUUUAUCACACACUACAUACGAGAGAAAGAGAGAAACUGAGACAUGGCUUAUGCUGCUAUUACUUCCCUCAUGAGCACCAUACAACAAUCAAUGCAACUUACUGGACAUAACCUGCAAUCGUUCUAUGAAAAGCUUGAAUCGUUGAUAGCUAUUACGGAGAAACCGUGCAAUAAUAUGAUAGGCAAUCUUGGUCCAUUGACAAGAUUGGAAGCUAAAGUGAUAGAGCUAGCAUGCAGCACAGAAGAUAUGGUUGACUCGGAAUCAAGAAAUGUUAUGGUUGACCUGGAAUCAAGAAAUGUUAUAAACAUAAUUUCACGAACAAUAUCCUUUUGGAGACUUCGUUUCCUCUUGAAACAAGCAAUACGAGACAUUGAUUGCACCGCGAAGAAGUGGAUAGGAACACAGACCAACCAAGAUCUGAAAGCACAAAAUCCGAUUCUUCCCUCUACAUCUGAACGUGCUUUGGAGCCCGAGAAUAUGAUGGUCGGCCAUGAAAAUGAAUUCGAGAUGAUGCAGGACCAACUUGCUAGAGGAGCUAGUGAACUAGAAGUUGUCUCAAUUGUAGGUAUGGGGGGCAUUGGCAAAACAACUCUGGCGAACAAAAUCUUCAGUGAUCCAUUCAUUAUGUCUCGCUUUGACAUUCGUGCAAAAGUUACUAUUUCACAAGAGUAUUGUCCGAGAAAAGGACUCCUAGGCCUUCUCUCUUCUAUCACUGGAAAGACCGAUAAACCUUAUGAGCAGCAAGAUGAUGGGCAACUAAAGGACCGACUUCAAAAGCUCCUAAAAGGUAGGAGAUACUUGAUAGUCGUUGAUGACAUAUGGAAUGAAGCAGCUUGGGAUGAUAUAAAACUAUGCUUCCCAGACUGUAACAAUAGGAGUCGAAUACUCUUGACCACUCGAAAUGUGAAAGUGGCUGAAUAUGCUAGCUCAGGUAAGCCUCCUUAUCAAAUGCGCCUUUUGAAUUGCCAUGAAAGUUGUGAUUUACUGCACAAAAGGGUCUUUCUGAAUGAAUGUUUCCCCCCUGAAUUCGAACAACUUGGGAAACAAAUUGCAUUAAACUGCAAAGGAUUACCCCUAGCAAUUAUUGUAAUUGCUGGACUUCUUUCCAAAAUCGGUAAAUCAAUGGAUGAGUGGCAAAUGGUUGUUGAGAAUGUAAGUUCAUUAGUAAGCACAGAUGUUGAUGUCCAAUGCAUGAGGGUGCUAGCAUUGAGUUACCAUCACUUGCCUCGUCGCCUAAAAUCGUGCUUUCUGUAUUUUGCAAUCUUCCCAGAGGAUGAACAGAUUUUUGUCAAUAAACUUGUGGAAUUAUGGGCUGUAGAGGGAUUUUUGAAGGUGGACGAUAUGAAUAACAUAGAAAAGGUGGGUGAAGAAUUUCUAAAAGAACUUAUAGAUAGAAGUUUAAUUUCAAUCCAAAAUUUGAGUUUUGAUGGAAAAAUCGAGAGUUGUGGAAUGCAUGAUUUGAUUCGUGAACUAUGCUUGAGGGAAGCUCAAAACAUGAAUUUUGUGAAUGUUAUUGGAGAAGAGAAUGAUCGAAAUCCAUGUGCACAGUUGAUGCAUUUUUCUAGGAGUCGAAGUCGGAUCAGUAUCCAAUCGAACAAUCGAGACGAUUCUAUUGAGGCAAAAUUGGCCAUAUAUCCUGAAAAAGAUGCCCGUUCUAUUAUCUGUUUUAGAGGGCAUUGGUUCGUGCAAAAGUCGUUACGUUUCAAGCUAGUAAGAGUACUAGAUCUUGCUUUAGUGAGAUGUAGUACUUUUCCUAGUGGGAUACUUGAUCUAAUUCACUUGAGAUACCUUGCUUUGACUCUUUAUCCUCACUUGGAGUCGGGAAAAGAGAUUCCCUCAACAACAGUCAUUCCUCCACCGAUAUCUAGCCUAUGUUAUCUGCAAACCUUUAAACUUUACCUUCCUAUUUCCAAAAACCUGGUCUUUCCUUUCAUAUUACCAUCAGAAAUUUUGGCGAUGCCACAAUUAAGGCACCUCUUUUUAGAUUGGAAUUACUUGCAGUCUUACGAGACUACGAAGAAAAGUUUGGUUCUGAAAAAUUUGCAGUGUCUGUCUGGAUGGAAUCCUUGCUAUUGUACUGGCUCUGUCUUUAGACUAUUUCCCAACUUAAAGAAGUUGCAAAUACGUGGCAUCCCAAAAGACUUUAAUCACCAUGCACUCUUUGAUUUUUGCAACUUAGAUCAGCUCGAGGAAUUGGAAUUUUGUGUUACUUAUCCGCGUUUUGGUUGCUUUCUGGAUAGAACUACACAUCCAGAAGGCCGUUUGAGGCUCCAUAAUCCCCCUUUAUUUAAUGCAGAAGACGCUUUUGCACCUUUUCAGCUACCUCAUCCAAAUAAUUUUCCACAAAACCUCAAGAAUUUAGCUUUUAGUGGCACUUUUUUUUGUUGGAAGGAUUUGAGCGGUUUUGGUAAAUUGCCUAAACUCGAGUCCAUUAAACUUGGAUAUGAUGCUUUCCAAGACAAGGAGUGGGAAAUAGUUGAUGAAGUAUUUCCUCGCUUGAAGUUCUUGCUCCUCGAAGACUUAGAGAUUAGGCACUGGAGAGCCAGUUGUGACAAUUUUCCGUGCCUUGAACGACUAUUUCUCAAAGGUUGUUGGUAUUUGGAUUCAAUCCCUCAAGAUUUUGCAGAUAUAACCACGCUUGCUCUAAUUGAUAUAUGGAGGUGUGCAAAAUCUGUUGAGAAUUCCGCCAAGCAGAUUCAACAGGACAUGCAAGAUAACUAUGCAAUUUCUAUUGAGGUCCAUAUCCAUUAGGCUAAUUGUAAGAAAUGGUCUUCCUUGAUUUAAUUGUUGCUUGUACAAGUACUAUUUGUGUGUCCAAAUAUAGGAGUUUAUAGUCCACUUAAGUUUCUAGUAGUUGAAAUAUAGGAGCCAGACACCAUUUCUUUGCUGCUUUGCAUUCUUUUAUGUAUCUUAUGUUAGCCUCUAACAUUAACAAUCCUCUCAAGUCUUAAAUUCUAUGACUCUUAGUAUGUUGUCCAGUAGUGAGCAAUAUGUUAACUUUUCAUAAAUGCA